GGUGUAUGCAUGUGUUUCAGCGCAUCUGUUGGUGAAGAUGAUUCCUCCUGGAGACUGUCUGUACGCUGGGAGGAAGAGGAGGAAACCCGUCCAGAAGCAAAAACCAGCGGCAGUGACGGAGAAAUCGAACCCGUCGAAGCGGCACCGCGACCGUCUGAACGCUGAGCUGGAGCGACUGGCCAGCCUGCUGCCCUUCUCCCCCGAGAUCAUCUCCAAACUGGACAAACUGUCUGUCCUGCGCCUGAGCGUCAGCUACCUGCGGGUCAAGAGCUUCUUCAGCGGUGAGUGUGUGUGUGUGUUCUUUGCUUUGAAGCUGGACUAUGCCAUUGAGUAA